ACUGCUUUCACCGUGGACCGAAAGAGCUACGGAACUUGCUCCGAAACUUGUAAUUAAACUGCAAUGGAAAUCAACAUCUAUUUCUGUUACGCUAUUUCGGAAUACUUUCUACUCAACCUUCCUUUUUUUAUUUUCUAGUUUUCAGUUUUGUCAGAAUUAAAGUCCGCCUGUCACAGUGCAUCACGCUCAGGUGUCCCGUACAUCAAAAAUUCACCCGCGGUUUUUUUCCCCCGAGGUCAGUCACUGCGCUUUUGAUUUAAUGGAUUUAAUUUUGAUUUCUUGUCUCGUACAGGAUGGCGCCUUCUGUUGUCGAUUUUAUCAUAAAGUUCGAUAAUCAGUUCUCUCACCUGAAUGAACCAUUCUUACAUUCCAAAGUUUUGAAAGUACACAGUUAACCACUUAACACGACAUACUUGGUGUAAAAUGAAAAGCCGCAGGUUUGUACUUGCGGGUGUUUGGUGGAGUUCGUACUGUAUUUGGCUUGUGGCAGGUGGCAGUUACUUGCUUGACAGCACCAGCGAAUUUCAACAUCGGCGUUUACGGGCUCAGGAAAAGACAGAGAUGCAGAAAGAAAUCCUGUCUAUCCUGGGAUUGUCGCACAGACCCAGACCACAUGUGUGGAACGGCAAAUAUAACUCAGCACCGCUUUUCAUGCUGGACCUGUACAACGCAAUUAACGUCGAGGAGGAAACCAAACCAGACGGAGAUUUGGACUCGUACAAUCCUGUGUUCACGACGCAAGAACCCAAUUUAGCCACAAUUCAAGACAACGUAUACUUAAAUGAAGCCGACAUGGUGAUGAGCUUUGUGAAUUUAGUGGCAUAUGACCAGGAGCUGUCUUCUGACAGAAGACACCAUAUGAAGUUUAAUUUCAAUCUGUCCCAGAUCCCAGAGGGAGAAACAGUUGCAGCAGCAGAGUUCAGGAUCUACAAGGAAUGUGUGGGCACUGCCUUCCACAAUGAAACCAUCCGACUGAGUGUUUUUGAAGUGGUGGGAGAACAUCUAGACAAACAUGCAGAUCUUUUUCUGUUGGAAUCCCGUCAGCUGUGGGCAGUGGAUGAAGGUUGGCUGGAGUUUGACAUCACAGCAACCAGCAACUUCUGGGUAAUGAAUCAACAUCAUAAUUUGGGCCUGCAAAUAAGUGUGGACACCAAUGAUGGAGUGAACAUUAACCCUAGUGAGGCAGGGCUUGUCAGUCAGGAUGGGCCUCUGGAGAAGCAACCAUUCAUGGUGGCCUUCUUCAAGGUAAAAGAGCUCCACAUCCGCACAACCCGCUCUAUAGGAAAACCCAGACAGCAGAGCCGCAAUCGUUCCACUUUUUCCCAGGAGUCACAAAAAAACCCAGGAUACACAGCAGAUUAUAAUAGCAGUGAUCAGAAGACAGCCUGCAGAAAACAUGAACUAUAUGUUAGCUUCAAAGACUUGGGCUGGCAGGAUUGGAUUAUUGCACCUGAGGGAUAUGCAGCUAAUUACUGUGAUGGAGAAUGUUCAUUUCCAUUAAAUGCUCACAUGAACGCUACCAAUCACGCUAUCGUACAGACUUUGGUCCACUUGAUGAAUCCCGACAAUGUCCCGAAGCCUUGCUGUGCUCCAACUAAGCUGCAUGCCAUCUCAGUGCUGUAUUUUGAUGACAACUCCAAUGUCAUCCUAAAAAAGUACAAAAACAUGGUGGUGCGUGCUUGUGGAUGCCACUGACUUUCAGAUGCACCCUGCAAGAUUGACCCUGCUCAACAGCUGCAGCUCAUAGUGUGGAAGCAAAUGUGUAUAAAAGAAAAAUGUUAAAAUAAAUGUGCUGUGUGUAUGUGUGUGUAUACAGUAUCCUCUUGCGAACCAUGUAUGGACAAUGCAUACUGUCUGUGGGGUCAUUAAGGGCUGUAUGAGGAAGGUUCUGUUUUUCUCUUUUCUUUCCUGUUCAGACAUGGUCAGUUCUCAUGUAAUCCUACCACUUCUGUUAAGUAUGGACACUGAGAAUUCUGUCUACAUUUCAAUAUAAUAUAUUUUAUAUUUAUUCUGUCUUUGACCUAAAUUGUAUAAAUUCAUAUUGUUAAUAAUAAUCAAAUACAUCCAUAUGAAAGUACACAAAAUAUAGAUAUUUUAUUUUUCUCUUUCAUAAGUUUUGUAAAAAAAAAAAGAAAAAAAAAACCAGAUGAAUUUAAUUGGACUGUUUUUUGAGUAUCAAUAAAAGGGCAUUUUGAGUCUCUCUUAAAGUGUCUACACCUCCAGAGGUUCGGCUUAACCUAUUAGAAAUUACUGAGACCUCACCAUAAUGUAUAGGGUGGGGGUAAAGGUACAUACAUUUACAAGUAUAUUUAAGUACCAUCUGUACACUUUUGUGGCCUACACAAAAGGGUAAAAACAAAUUGUGGUUUUAAAAAUUAGUUUAUGGUACUUGUUUGCAAAACCAAUUUGUAAACCGACUGUUACAUGCGAAUGGAGGUGAUGGUUGAAAAGUGGCAAUUAUCAGGAUUCAAAUACCUUUAGCAUAUAUGACUCCCAGUGGCCAGUUAUUGGCAAGUUACAUAGAACAGUAAUGUUUUCAUAAAUGAAUAUAAUUUGUAUCAUAUUUUGACAAAAGCAAUUUGCCUGAAGGAAGGUGUGUUCGCAGUCAAGUAACCAUCCAUAGGAAAAUUUUGCUGCUCAGGAAAAUGUUUUUGUGGUGUCAUGAGACUGAAUGGAUCUCUCAUUACAAGUUUAAAUCUGUCUGUGGUAUUUCUUUGGCAAAAUAAAAAAUAGACACAAGGAA